CACUAUGGGAUGAAGCACUUCCGGUGCACUGACUUCGACUUCCUGUUUACAAAGUGACGACUUCCGGUGGGGGAGGGGCCUGUGUGCUCCCAGAAUAGUAGAGACCCCCCCAACCCCCUCAGCAAUAAACCGGGGGCCAGAAACAUGGCGGACACUGGAGAGACAGAGUUGCAGGAAGCUGGGCAGGUCUUCCUAUUGAUGAAGAAGGAUUAUCGAAUAUCCCGCAAUGUCCGUCUUGCUUGGUUCAUUUCCCAUCUUCAUCAGUCAGUGAGCGCGGUCCCAGAGUCGGAGUUGGGGCUACAUGAUGAUGAGCUUGAGGUCGUGAGUGUCAUACCUCAUGGCUGGCAACCAGAUGAACCUGUACCGCCGGGGCCGUAUCUUCUUGUACCGUCCACAUGGGUCACUUUCCUGGCACGGCAAUACCGAUUUGUAAUUGAGCUGGACCUGAGCCCUUCUACCGGGAUUGUGGAUGACUCCACAGAGGAGAUCAUUUUCGAUGAGAUCUUUAACUCGCUGUCACGCUGUUUGCUGGGGCUCCUCAGGCCUUUUCGAAUUCCUGGAUCUAGCAUCCUUUUCCGGCCUGAAAUAUUUGUAACCAUUCAGGCCUAUUCUUCCAUUAUUGGACUGCAAAGCCAUCAGGUCCUGGUUCAAGGUUGUCAACUAGAAGAGCAGAAGCUGCACGAGUUUCUACAGCAGGUCUAUGUGCAGCUUGGGGCCUUCGAGAACAAGGUGGCAGAGAUGCUUCAGCAACAAUAUCGACCAACAGCUCAGGAUUGCAUCCCACAGUAUGGUGAUCAGCCAAUUGGUUGCAAAGGGGGAGUUUCCAUGGUAACUGCUGACAUUGGACUUGUUAGCAUGAUACGACAGGGAAUUCUAGCAUUGCAGCUGCUGCCUGCUAACUCCACUGCAGGCAUCAUUGUAAUCACGGACGGUGUAACUAGCGUUCCAGAUGUUGCGGUGUGCGAAACCUUGUUAAACCAGCUGAGAAGCAGUACCAUCGCUUGCUCUUUUGUACAGGUUGGCGGCGUGUAUUCCUAUGACUGUAGCUUCGGCUAUGUUCCUAAUGUAGAACUGAUGAAGUUUAUUGCCAUGGCCACCUUAGGAUCUUACGUUUCUUCCUGCCCAGAACUGGAACCAGGAUUGCUUGAUAUAAAUGUCUACCACAAGUCUUUACUUCUGUAUUCCUUCCUCCGGACCGGGGAAGCUCUAAAUCCAGAGUAUUACUGUGGUUCCCAGCACAAGUUAUUCAAUGAACACUUGGUGUCAGCAAGCACUAAUCCAACGAUGGCCAUGCGCAGACGGAAACACGCUGACAAAGAGAUUCACGCAGAUAUCAUUAGUGUUGUGUCGGUCCGGCUCAGGGAGGGCUACAGCGUCCGUGAGCUGCGCAUAAAUAAAGGUAUUCUCGAGGUAAAACUUGUUCUUCUCUGGAAACACAAUAUGAGGGUUGAGUACCUUGCGAUGUCCCCAUGGCCUCUGGAUCCUUCGAAGCGCAGUACUAGAGUAGAAGUUGUAAUGGAAGGAACCUACGAUAUACUGCAUGAUAUCAGCUGUACAUUGAAAAAACCCAUCACCAGUAUGUACAGGACCAGUGUCAUCAGGCGCUUCUGGAAUACCCUUCAAAGCAUCACCCAGACGGAUCAGAUGUUGGUUCACCUGAAGUCAUUUGACACUGUGCCCGAACAUUUCAAAAUCCCAGAAAGCGCAAAGAAUGGAGUACCCCUCUUUUACAUCCCACCUGGGUCUACAACCCCCGUGUUGUCUCUCCAGCACAGCGGCUCUGAUUCCAGCCGCUCUCAGUUUGCGUCCUACUGGAAACCCAUCCUGUCUAUGGAUGCCAACUUCUGGCAGCGCUGGCUGCACGUGCACCGCAUCGUCUUACUCCUGGAGCAUGACUUGCAAGUUCCAAAGCACCUUCAUACCCCAGGAAACAAUGGGCGAUACAGUACGGUCCUGUGUCGUAUCUCGCACACGGCAAUGACAUCAUUAUUGCGUGACUGGAGCAGCUUUGUGCUGGUGGAAGCAUACUCUUUUGUCAAAUUAAUUCUAAGUGACGACUCUCUUAUCUGUGACAGUGAUGUGAACCAACCACCGUCCUCGUUCUGUGUGGUGCGGAUAAUUUGGAAAGCUCCCUGCAUGGUGCUUCGACUGGGUUUCCCGCUUGGAACUUCAGCACACAGCAGGAACAAGAUUGUGGUAGAGCUGAAGGACCAAAUGAUCCAGCUCCGCUUCCCGCGGAGCAAGGAGACUACGCCACGAGUCAAGAGAAAAAUGUGUGGAAUAAACUCCCCAUCUAAGUCCCCACCACCACAAGCGUUGUGUCCGGCUUUUUCUGACAAGCCCUGCCUGGUCCUACUGCACAAACCACUGGAAAAAAUGCUCAUAAAAUAUGAUAAGCUUCCUUUGGAUUAUCGAACCCCUUUCAUCCUGAAUUUGGAUAGCCUGGCACAGAACCCAUCAGUUCCCGGACCCCUUACCACCAACCGCUCUGCCUCAUCCACUCUUGCAUCCCUGUCCCGGUACUUUUACCACCAGAGGUGGAUCUGGUCUGUGCAGUCAGGAAUGGCAACCACUGUACCCACCACCUCCAUGGCACAAAUCCUGUCAACGCUUACUGAGAUCCGCCUGUCGGAGGGCUUCCAUUUUGCUUCCAGUGGGGAAGGAAUCAUUAACAUGGUGCUAGAAGUGCCCAUACAGAGUGACUCUCUAAGUGAAGGCAGCAUCGAGAGGCACAGUUGUGUCAUCCAGUACAUCCUCUUCCCACCCAACGUCAGUUCGACCAAGGACAGCUUCUCCACGGACGAGGAUAAUGAUACUGAGGUGGAAGCCAUUGAUCAGGAUUCAGAGCUGCAUCUGGUGUCGGAGUGUUGGGUAGAACCGCAGAGUGGGCACGUGAUGGCCAGUAGUGACAGCUGGAGGCACUUGCAGGGCCUUAAAUACUCUGAAAUACCGCAAGCACUGUUUCCCAGAGACCAGAGUUGUAUCAGCAUCAUGUUAACAUUUGAGAAUAUUGUUCAGCUUUGCCUCCCUAAAGAAGGAACCUCCCCGAUGCUGAGGAAAGUGGAGAGCAUAGAUCCAACUGAGGCCAGUGGUCCGUGUAUCCAUGAGGUUCCGUUUUAUUUCGACUUAAUGAAGCUGCUGCCCAAAUGUCAGCAAAUUGAAAUGUUCUUCCUCACACUGAGCAGAGAGGAUGAGGGAACGUCAGCAGAGGCCUCCAUUCCCAAUGACAUGCUGAUGAACCUGUUUCAUGGAUGCCUGUUAAAUAAUAAGAUCAAUGAUCGAGAAAUCCCACUCUACCAUCAGGAUCACAUGACCUUCAUGGAGCAAGUUCUACAACGUGACCGUGAGGGACAUACUAGUCCAUUCUCCAUUUAUCAAGGAGAUCUUUGGAAACGACCAUCCCAAACAGAAUCCUUGGAAUCCAGUCCUAAAGAUAUUCAUCGCGAAGGGGCAAAUUCUGUGUGUACUUUACAGAGUCUGUGCUCCACAGAAGUGACUGAAGAUGGCCGACUGUCUCCAGACAUGGACGGUCCUCCUCAGUGGCGCUGCUAUGCCAAAAUGAAGAAUCCACAACACCUGCUGCUGACCUUCCUUCCUGCAUCCUUCUCAGACGUACAGAAGCUGAAUACCGCAGAUCAAUCUAUGACACCAGAUGGAAACGCCUCUUAUUCUGACAACACAGGGAUCCCCACCUUCACCGUUACCCCGGCACCGAGUAGUAGACCGGAAGCAGAGCAGAAAAGAGAAACGCACAUUAUUUUUAGCCGCCAACCUUCUCUGCAAGACGCGGGGUCAUCCAACCGCCUGCGCUGCCCUGUGUAUGUGUAUAAUUGUCCACUGGAGGUACUGCGGGAGCAGUUAGUCAAUCCUCACCAGCACAGGUCCUCCAGCGAUGUGUUUUUCAGCGAGUUUAAACUGCAGGAGCCUGUAUCCUGGGCAAUCUUCCAAGAGUUGAAAACCAGGUCACAUUCUCUGGAACGGGUGUCUGCAGUGCCCACCAUACACCCCAAGCAGAAGGAACUGAUCGACUAUUGUAACUUACUGCAGGAACAUUACCACCAGUGCUAUGUUAAAGGUUUGUUUAAGGCUUUGCAGCAGUCAUUGUGGGUAUCAAAUCAAGACUUGCUAACUGCGGUGGAUUACUGCGAGGAACAGCUUCAGGAGAUCGACAUCACCAACUUCCUCAUGACACUCUGUGGGCAUCUUCGCACCUCCCGAGAGUCACAUCCACCAAACAAAGCCGCCGUUAUUGUACGUCCUCCCAACUUUCGCAUUGGUAGUCUGGACCAGGAGGAAGACCUAUCUUCUCUGGAUGGUCCAGUGCUGCAUUUAGAGACCAGUGUUGACAUGGAGGAGAGUAAUGAACAAGAACCUCAAAUGCCUUCUAUUCCUGAAAGCAGCAGUCACACACAUGUUGAAUUCCAGCUCUCUCUUCUACAGACUGGGCACCCUUGUGAGGUGUCACCUGACCUACACAGAAUUAUCCAGGAUAAAUUUCUUGCUGUAGGAAGUUUGCAUUUCAAAACGGUGCCUUCAAACCCACACUAUUUCUUCUACUGCCCUUCAUCUCCAAAGAGAGAGGAAGACCCUCCACCAGACUUAGAAGACCGGAAGCUCAGUGAGGACAUGGAGGUAUCUGACGCAGAACCGGCUGUUGAGGAGGGUACAUCAGCAGGGGGAAUCACUACCGAGAGUGACCCAGAUCUUGAGGUUGAAUAUCGCGAGCACUCUGAUACUGCCGUAUCAUUGUCAGAGUCUGAUACCGUCAAUCAAGAUGAAGACUCUUUCAGCGUUCUGGGAGGAGAGUCUCUAAACGGCCAAGACUUGUGUGAGCAUGAGAUGCCCCCGCUCUUUGUACACCUCAUCUGUUCUGUGAGCCACAAGAGCCAACAUGGAUCAAUGGCAGUGCUGACAUUACCCACGUGCCUGGGUGAGGUUAUUGGUUGUCUGGAGAACAGUGAAUCCCAGGAAAGCAUUGAGCUGGGAGAGCUGAGUGUGAUGCUCGAUAUCUACGUUCUGACGUUACCCCUGGAUAUCGAUGGAGUAAAUGGAGAGUCUCAGCACGUGAGGUACACUUCUGAGAGCAGCGUUUCAUUUCCCCGCUCCCCGGCACAGCCAUCGUCUUACAGAUCUGAUGAAGAGAUUCCUCCCACCCUGGAAAGAUUUCAUUCUAACGUGGACCAAAGAUACUCUGCUCUUUCCAGGCUCCCGGCGGAGCACAGACAGGCCAUAGAUGUUACCAUGAACGAGAUUCGCUGGCUGCUUGAGGAUGAGCUUGUAUCCGCUCUCCGCCACUCUCGUGUCAUUACUCCUGCCAUCUUGCAGAAAGUUCUUGCACAUGUCCGUGAUUCUGAGGGACGCCCUCACUGCCACAGGGAACUCGUGCAGCUUCAGUUUGUGUUUGGACCAGAGAAUUCUCUCCAGAAAUUUAAAGAGGAGUUUCGACGUCUCUCACUGUCUGGUUAUCAGCUAAAUGAAGAAGAGGAAGACUAUUACUAUGUGUCAAUGAGUCGACACCAUGCUCAUCGGGUAGGCAAUGCCCCAACACAGCAUCUUCACAUGGUGACAAACCCGCCAUGGCAAGAGUCCGAUCCCAGCAUGGCGAAUGAGGGCACAGAGGACAAUGAAUCCAAAAUGCCUCUUGGUGAUAACCAUUCCAAUGACAAGGUAUUGGAAGAAGCAGGUGCCUGGGGACUGAAUAGAGUGGACGUUUCAGACAGUGAAGCCUCCUCUGUACUUUCUGGAAUGUCAGCCGUGUAUCAAGGGAAUAAAACAAUUUCUGAGUUUGCUCCUGGUGAAAAGGCAGACGUCCCACCGAAAACGUCAUCUGUAGUGAGUCUGGCGGACUCUGUGCAGUCCGGUGCUGGAAAUAGUACAGGAGGAGUCCGACAGCGCCCCAGCCGUGUGCAGAGUUUAGUUUCAAGUCAUGGUAGUAUGGACUCCGAUCACUUGGGAUACGAUGGUGGAAGCAGUGACUCUGAGUGUGAGGAUGCCCUCAUUAGUGAGCAGGACUCCUGCUGCCCAUUAAUGCCAGAUUUCUGGCUUAUCGUAAAGAUACAUCAGGACCGAGUGGAAGUGUGCACUCACGCCAGCGUGGGUGUUUCGCGGGAAGGUGUGGAGGAGGUCCAAGCGAGUGAGUUAUUGCACCAACUUGUGGUUCGAAAAGUAGGAGAAAUCUGCCGUGUUGUAAACCAGCGCCUGCUCCUACAGGAUCUACAUGACACCCACCUGUGUAACACUCUGCUGGUGGCUGAGAGUGAAGAGGACAUCUGGAAGAAUGAGAGUCCAUAUGCCUCUUACCGGCAACGUAUCCUCACAAGUGAAGAUUACACUGGUGAGGAAAGUUACCAGCCACGAGAUUACUUGGCAGCCACCAUGCACUUCAUGCCCGGACACUUUGCCUGCGAUGUAGUCUGGAGAACAGUUAUACAUAUUCAUCCUCGACUAAAGAUGGGACCCAACAUGGGAGUUUCUAGAGCCAUUCAGUCCCUGCGAUCCGUGCUUAACGCAUUCUCUGUCGGGAACAGAAAGAAUAUGUUUGUUUAUCAAGAGCGGUCUACCAAGGCUGUAUUCUAUCUCAGACUGUCUGAGACUUCCAGCAAUGGACGCUCAUGGGACAUGGAUCAAUCAAUGAUGUCACGGUCGCUGGCUCUGUCACGCAGCCAGGAACCUAUUUCAUCAGAGGACCUCAUGGGAAGCCGUCUGUCCUUGGAUUUGCUGUCUUCCAGAGGUACAGACUCUUCACGACCUGUGGGACAGAUGGACAAACACAUUCUGCUUCACGUUCAUGGAGUUGGGGAAGCAGGUUCAGAGAUCACCGAUGAUUUGGUAAAAGUGCUCCGAAAACGUCUAGAUGAGGCGACUCUGGAUAUCAUCACUGUUAUGCUGCAGCGGAACUGCAAGCUGACCCCAGCAGAUGUGGAGUUUAUCCAGCCAAGAGGAACUCCACCAACAGAAGUUCAGCUGUUUACAAUCCCACAAUCCUCUUUGUCGUGUCUUCAAGCCAUGGCGUACUACCUGCGUCAAAACUUGCUUAUUUUCCUGCACACUCCAAAAUACACAGACAGUAACGGAGAACAUCAUUUCCAGCAUUACUAUCACAGCGAGCUCCCUGAGUUGGAUCUGUUCCUGUACAAUAAACCUGGAGGCCAAGGCACAGGAGGCAAAGGCAUUGCUUGCAUCGCCCUCUCCUUUGUGGAUCAGCACGGCUCCCUGAUAACCCAGGCAUAUCUCGAUCAGCAGCCCCUGACUUGCUCCUUCAUCUCCUCAGAUCUACUUAAUGCCAACACAUUUGACUCUCUGACCGAUGUGAAGAGGUUUUAUCUGGAAUCUUGUCCCACAGACUCUGGGCUGCUGACCUUGGUGCGCUUCGAUGUAUGGGAGAAAGGAAACAUCAGCUCCUCUCAGUUAUCGGAACGCCUCUGCAACUCUUUGCGGCAUGCCAUCUGUGACGUCAUCAUUGAAUUCAAUAUCCUGCAGAGCCCUCUCUGUGUUGAGCCUUUAGUCACAGCAAGUCAGGAAGCUGCAUUUAAUGGGAAGGGCCCCUCCCAGUCACUUCCAGACAUGAUUGGAUUGGUGCAGCCGUUGAGCAAAUCUCGUCCUUCUCCUUUGAGCAUUCCUCCUUCUGUGGUAGCAGGCAGCACAGAACCGAGCACCCCUCCCAGCAAGACUGGCCGCCGGAGCUUUUGGGAUAUGCUGAGUAAACCAGACAGUGGGGAGCUGGGCCCCCCAAAAACCACUGACGACAUUGUGAGUGAACGCACUGAAGAACCACGAACAAGGAGACGACAUAAGACUGAGAGCUUGAAGGCGCCAAGUUACCUUGACAAAUCAGGGAUUGGGCUUGAACAUGCACAGAGGAAGCACCAGAUGCAGUUGGAAGAGGGUGAGGUGGGCACCUUGCACCCGCUUUACAGUCACACCUGCCUGCAAUGGAUGAACUUUAUGAAUCAGCUGGGGUGUCCGUCUGUCCAGCAGUGCUCUGCACAGACAGUUUCACGCUUUCUCCUCCCAUCAAUUCUUAUGGAGCUUUUCAGUAUUGUCACGUCUUUGGCAAGUGACACCAGUGUGAAAGUAUUUGAAAAAAUCACUGGCAGCAGUGGUUCAGUGUUUGUUCCAUACUCACCUAGCCAGCAAUGUAAACCGCGCCCUGCAGCAGCAAGGGAGCUCAUCGCGGUGGGACGCAAUUUCCACCAGUGGCGAUACAAUACAGAGCAAGCACAAAAAGGCUUCCAGCGUUUCGAUGCUAUGGAGCUAGGUUCUGCUGAAAAACCAUUGGAUAUUUCCUGCCCACCUCGAGGCCUCGUUCCUCGCCAACGCUUCCUAUUUAUGGAAAUUCAAGACAAAAAGUUCACUCUGCACACAUACAACUGGUCUCCGGACCUAGGCGCGUCGCUGAGUCGCUCGUUGGUGCGGUUGGUCCAGUGGCAGAAUGCACGGUCCCACGUGGUGCACUGUCUCCUUAGCCAGAAACUUGGACUGUUUCAUCACUACUGCUUCGCAGACCCUCCUUGGCAUGAGGACAGCAAGCAGGAUCCAAAUUCAUUCCUAAACUCCACCCUGGAGGUGGAUUCUCUGAUCAGGAGUCCCACACCACCACCACACAAAGAACAGACACGCCUGGGCACUACCACCCGCAGCCUACAAACCCUGCACUUCCACCCGGACAUGGUGCCUUUCGAUGAGGUUCUCCGAGAUGUCAUGCCGUUAAAACCCAUGCAUCUCACAUCAGAGCAGGACACUGUGUCCCGGCAGGGAGCACAAUUCCUAGAUAUUAAAAGUUCAGAGAGGAAAGAGGUGGAAAAGCAGUUAAAGAUUGAAAACUUGUUUGUGACCUGGCAACAGAGAUCUGCACAGUCCAAUAUGCCCAUCAGUGCAUCAGAUCUCGACACCUUAAAGCAGUCUGCUCGCCUGGUCCAUUACUGUGCCACUCCUCUCCUGUUUGAUCCGGCAUUUAAAGCUCAAAUUCAGAAUGACCAGAGCAGAAAUGAAGGCAAGAAACGUCAUCGUUCCAACGACUCCAGCACGUCUGGAAGAGAUCGUAGUUAUAGCUGUGACUCAGCCGAGAUGCCGCCAUGGAGGGUAAAGGAUGAGCCAUGGUUGCAGGAGCUGUGCACCGCAUUCAUGCAACAAUACAUUCAGUACCUACAGAGCACCGGCUUCAUCCUGGUACAGCUCCGGCCAGCCUCUCCGGCCCGCAGUACCGCUCGAAUAAGAGCAACACCAACAUCCAUAGCAGCAGAAAACCGAGCCUCAAAGACAAAGAAUGAUGGGAGUCCGAAGAGUUCUAGUUCUGCGGUUACCACUUAUCACCUGCAGAGGGCGCUCCCAGGGGGCAUAGUGCUGAUGGAGCUUUCUUUCCAGGGCUGUUAUUUCUGUGUCAAGCAGUAUGCUCUGGAGUGCUCUCGGAUACCCAUGGGCCAGUCUGUGAACUCUCAGCUUUCCAUGCUCUUCACCGAGGAGUGUGACAAAGUCCGGGACCUCAUGCAUGUCCAUUCCUUUAGCUAUGAUUUCCAUCUUCGAGUACUGCACCAGUACUUACUGGGUUCCAACAUGUCCCUUCGCCAGGGCUAUGACCUUGCUAGCUUUUUGCAUCUCUUCAUAUCUCAGCAUCCGGAUAUCCCAAAGUAUGGACGCAACCACGUGUAUCAAGGAAUGCUCUCUGUAUCUACCGGGAUGAUUGCUGCUCACCAGCUCUACAACUACAUAGCCGAUCAUGCCAGUACCUAUCAUAUGAAACCACUGCGCAUGAGCCGGCCUGCUGCCUCUGCCAGCAAUGGGAAAAAGAGUGGUAAUGGAGAGCAGACAGACUAUGGCUUGGUAUCCGUCUGGAACAGCUCCGGGAUGUAUAAGGAUUCAGAGGGGCUCCGACAUCACGAUGAUUUUGAUGUGUCUUUGCUGGUGUGUCACAGCGCUGUCCCGUUUGAGGAGCAAUCAGAGCAAGAUAGACAUGUUCUAAGGCUUCGGUUCUACGUUAUAAUGACCAGCCAGCGGGAGCUGUUUCCUCGUCUCACUGCAGAUAUGCGGCGCUUCAAAAAGCCUCCAAGGCUUCAGAGAGACCCAGAGGAGCUUGAUGGGGCUCUGGAACCUGGAAAGGGACCCAGGAUUGAGAUGGAGAAUUUAGAGGAUGCCAAGGUUGAAGAAAGCAGGAUGGGUCCAGGGAACUUUUACAAUCCUUUGUUGGCUAAUGAGGUUAAAUCCGCAAACAGACAGUUGGAGGACAUGGUUAAACUGGCGAAGUCUCACUGCCGCAGAGAUAAUCUUUGGAAACGCCUCUACCUCAUGGAGCCUCUUGCUUCUGAUAAACUGAGACUUGGAAAACUGAGCUCGUCUGAACUGCAGGAGCUGCUGGAAGCUGUGCACGGACGAAGCGUGGCUGAGAUCGACCCACAGCUGGAAUUCCUCCUCUCUAUGAGCACACAGUGGUAUCAGAGUCUCAUUAAAGUCCUCCUGAGCCGGUUUCCUCAAAGCUGCCGCCAUUUCAACAGCCCCGACAAUAGCACCCAGUAUCUGGUUGUGCUUAAUCAGAAAUUCACUGACUGCUUCGUUCUGGUUUUCCUAGACUCUCAUUCUGGCAAAACGAGCCUUAAGGUGGUGUUCAGAGAGCCAUUUCCCGAGCAGCCGCAGAAUAGUGAGAGUCCAUUGCCGCAGCUCGUGUCAACAUAUCAUCACCUGGAGUCCGUUAUUAACACGGCCUGCUUCAACUUGUGGAGUGGAUUGCUUUGAUGCCCCUCAACACUCCUAAUCUCCAGCAAUCCAAGCUAAGGAGCGGCUGUACAGGCCCAAGCUUUGGUGUGGACUUUCCAAGUGGACAGUUAUGUUGGCUGAAACGAGGGCGGUGUAUGGACGUCAGGAUCCCAUCACACACGUGGGCCCCAGAGAAACGUUUGCACUGUCACGGCUUGGGGGACAGUUGUGGUCCCCAGAGAGAAUUCUCAGUGGUCACUUCAAAUCUCACAGUGAAUGAACAGAUAUCGUAAGUGAUGGGAACAGAAAGACUAGAACAACUACAUUUAUGAACUUGAGCAAUCUCCCUGCAACUGUUUCUUUUAAACUGGAAAAUGAGGCCAAUUGUGAAGUUAAUUACAAGAUGUAAGUUUUUAUAUAAAUGUGUAAAUUGAAUAGAGAAUUCCUAAUUAUUAA